UGUAGUAAUCAAUGCCAUUGUUUAGAUUAUAGGUAUUCCAAAUAUUUAUUGUAGUAGAAUCAUAUUAAAAUAUUUGGGUGUAGGAUAUAAUAAUUAUCAUUACCGAUAAUGUCGCUUGUUAAUAGCCAUGCAUUGGUUUCAAGGAUAUUGACGUUAAAAGAUUUAUGCUUUUAUCCAGGACAGAGAACGUUCAAAAGAUGGGUUGCCCCAACAUUAAGGGAAAUAAAACGUAGGCAGGACAAAAUGGGGCCUCAACCUCCACAACGUCGCUCCACAUUUUUGGAAUGGAACUACCAGGCAGAGCUGUUUGCGUUCGGCAAGCGCCUGAACGAGCAGUUCGCGGAAGAGGCUCUGCAGCAGGCCUUCACGGACCGUUCGUACGUCGUCCGAGAGGAGGCCCGGCUGCGCGAGCUGAGCGUGGAGUCGCCCCAGCUGGCGCUGGCGGACAACCGGCCCUUGGUGGAGGCAGGGGAGCGGCUCGUGAGCGACACGGUCCGCCGCUGCCUGCGGGCGUCGCUGCCCCACGCGCCCGAAGAGUGCAUCAGUUGUGCCCACAGUCAUUUGAUGAGUGAAGAUGUGUUGGCAAAAGUGUCUUCCGGCAUCGGAACCCGCGAUCUCGUACUUUCUGCCGACUUCCCCCCGGAGCCGGCCACGCUCGUCAGGAGCCUGAAGGCGGUGGUGGGCGCGCUGGAGGCCAGCUCCGGUCGGGACCGAGCAGUGCGCUUCGUGAUGGACCUGGUGGUGACCCAGCUGUGCGGGAAGAACGUGUAUGAGAUGUGGUCCCCAGAGGACCCGCUGUCCCUCGUCACGGCCAUCCUGUCGCGCCGGGGCGCCGCUCCGCCCGAGCCCAGGCUGCUGGGCCAGGCCGCCCCCAACACCAUCCUGGCCGUCUAUCACGUGGGGAUGUAUUCCGACAAGCAGUUCAUGGGUGCAGGUUGGGGUGAAACUGUGUCUAUCGCAGUCGAGUCAGCAGCUCAUAAUGUUCUGCAGAGAUUGUUCCGAGUGACCGAAACCUUCCGACCCGUAACUACGGAGCAGAUAUUAGACUGCGAUCGAUUUAAUGCUCCGAACAUGUCUGUCAGUGAAUGGAAUAAAUGAUGAUGUGUGCGUAGUUGACUACUCAUGUUUUCAUUUAGAAGAGAGAACAGUGCCCAAUUUAUAAUCAUGAUUUUUUUUGUCGGAUAGUUUUACAACUAAUUAACUACAUAUAAAAUGGGCAAAAUUGGUUAAACCCAAAGGGAAGUUUCAAUUGGCUUGGUUCACAACUUGCUACAACUUAAAAUUCAGAUAUGGUUGUAAAACAAAAACCACUCAAGUCCUAAUGUGUUGUCAAAAUCAUUAGAGAAAAAAGACAUUGUGUUGCAAUUUUCUCAGAUCAACAGAUUUAUAAUAGUUUUAGUACUUGUCUCACAAAUUAAAGAAAUCUGAUGGAGAAAUAGGCAAUGAGGCAGCUUAUUUUGUAAUGAUAGUAGCAAUAGGUAGUAAGUAAUAUGUACAAGUGUUCCAAGGCUGGUACUUCUAAAAAUUAGGCCACAGGAAAUAAAUAAUAUUUAUUUUACUGCCAUACAUUUUUCACUUUAAAUGAUAUGUGUUCUACAUUUUAUUUUUAUGCAAUCUUUGACGUCAUCAUGUUUCAAGGGAUUGAAAAAACUAAGUAUUUAUUCGGAAAGAGUCCCUAACUUAAUGAUAAAAAAUUUGUGUCAUUUUGAGAAAUACCAUUUAUGACCUGUCAUUGUCAUUUGUCUUUCAAAUAUUUCCUGUUCUAUUUCUUUUUAGUUUUAAUAUUAAUGUGUGAUUUUAAAUAAAAAAUAUGUGAAAAUAAAAUUUGGACAUUACUAAGUUGUGUGAUGGUAAACUGUGUUACAUAUAAAUGUACAACAGUGGUGCUACCUAUUUGUUAACUCUAAACUGUCUUUUUUCUUGCGGACAUACAAUGUUAAAAAAAGACAGACACACUUUUUAUCUUUUUCUGCACAGUUGUGAUUAGAAUUUUUUUUUUUUCAAUUUUAAACCUAACCAUUUUUUUUUUAAAUCCUUAUGGUGGAAUUUUGGAAAAUUGUAAAUAGAUGUGUUCUAUUAUAGGAAUUUUUACUAUUCAUAUCCAAUAUCUUAACUUCACCUUGAUUAUCUUCAGAGAUAUAAUUUUUUGUAGAGUUGGAAUCCAGUAUAUGGGCUACCUCUGUGCCAUAUUUAAUUCAUAUCAGUUAGCAGUAAUGACGUGAUGUAUUUACAAACAUACAAACUUUCACUUUUGUAAUAUAUGUAAGUAGGAUUUCAUAAAGGCUAACACAAA